AUGCGGCCCUCGUACUCAUUUGGUGUAGUUGCUCUUCUCUUCAGUCUAACUACUCCCGCUGUCGGUGCUGUUGCCGGACCUGUUGCCGGGCCUGGUACUCGGAGUUACUAUUGUUCUGAAAAUUCGUCAUUUAGGGACAAAGAUAUAAUGCUUGCCCUUCGGACUAUUUUCAGUGCUCAAAACGACGUUUACCAAAAUUGUGAAAAUGUACCUGUAUGCAGAAAAACUGUUCGCAAAAAUAAGUUUAAGAUCGCGCUCUAUCAAGGCAGAUACUUCAAGAGACCUGGAAAUCGGGGCACUUUGUUCGUGACUAAUAUCAAGGCCAUUCAGCUAUACAAAGUUGUUAGAGGAUCCUUCUGGGCAGUUGCAAGGUGUGAAGCAACCGAAUGCGUUUUCGAGGGUAUUUUCCGAAACCAUCGCUCGGGUCACGAUAACCUUUGCUCAGAAAGAGAUAAGAAUAUUCCUUCAUUAAUUUACAGAUCUCCGACCCGUUAG